AAUCAGUAACAAUAAAACUUAGGAUUCAAAUGAAGAAGACGACAGUUUUAACAAAGCAAGGAUUUGAAAUAACAGGCUAUAUGAAUUAAGCUUACUCAUUGAAUAAUGACAUCGACGACUCUUUCACAGACACAAUUGAAUUUUGCGCGUUUUUCAAUUGUUAGCAUUGAUAUCAAUAAACUUACUCUCCAAGACAUUUUGACCAUAUUUAUACAGCCUAUAGAUCUAGACCAAGAGAUACAAAAUUGCGAUCCUUUAGUUAAAGGCAAAUACAAACUUAAUCCAGAUCAAAGGAAUACGUGUUGCAAUCCUCCCGAUUACAGCAAGUUUGAUAUUACUUUGCUGUACAGACUAAUCAGAAAUCUUUGCCCUUCACUUGAACCAACAAACAAGUGGGGAAACAAACCAGCAAGUAACGACUUGGAAGUUGGAGACGACAUCGAACGAAUCAGGUAUCUCAGAAACUCAAUCGUUGCACACUCUGCAUCGGCAGAAAUAUCCGACGACAAAUUCAAGGACCUCUGGAGUGAUGUAAAAUGUAUUAUCCAACGGUGUCAACAAUAUACAUCAAGCAAUGGAUGUACAACUGACUACAAUAAAAUGUUACAAGAUUUAGAGAGGAAAACGUUUACUUUUGAUGAGUAUACUUUUCGGAAAGGAUGUUCCGGAGCAAUUUGUGUAUUUGGAGAACCAGAAAUAUUUUGUGGAAAAACAGCUUGCUUUGAAGCUGAAAUUACACUAGAAGACGAUGUCUUUUUACCAGUCAGCUGGGAUAGAGUAGACGGAAUGCUUAGUAAACAAUUAGACGUAACAGAUGAGAAGUAUAGGGGAAGUGACAAUAGACGGCUCCUUAUCCACAACGUUUGUAAAGAUGAUGAAGCAGGAUACCAAGCUGUUCUCUCAAGAAAUUACGAUGUCAAAAUAUUAAGCAACAAAGUUUAUCUCCGUCCAAAGGGAGACCUUCCAUGUUUAGAGGAUUUGAAUGCUACUUCAAAGGAAGGAAAAAUAUACAUUCACUAUGUGUUUAAAGUCUCUGAAAACUCACCCAUCAAGGAUAUAAGAUGGACAAAAAAUAAUUCGGAGCUUCAAGUGCCAUGCGACAAAUAUCGUGGAGGAGAAAAAGCGGACAGUUGUUUUACAAUUUUAAUGGCAGGUGAAGAUGACAUGGGAUUAUAUACAUGUACAGUUUGGAAUGCUGUUGGAUCCGUUUCAAAAAACAUAAAGUUAGGCAUACCAAGUGCAGAUAUAGUAUCAACAUCGAACUCGAAGGUUGUUUGCGGAUCAGAUACUACAUUCGACUGCACUGUAUCUGGAAACCCUUCUCCUGAUGAAGUGAAAUGGCAACAUAGUCCUGACGGAAAAAAAAUUAUUGAUCUUGAUACUGAUACGGAUAAAUAUUUACGAAGCAGAAGUGAUAAAUGUUCACAUUCUCUCCUUGUACGGAAGGCUACUUUGAAACAACAAGGAUACUACCAAGUCGUUGUAUCAAAUAGCAUUGGAAAGUGCACAAGCAACAAACUUUUCUUACAAGUUACAGGAAGUAAGCCAAAUUUAUCUGAAGUGACAUGCUCUUUACAUGGCAACUCAGUGAAACUGAAAUGUGAUGUAUUCCUAUAUGACGAAUCACCUCCACUCAACUAUGUUUAUUGGACUAAGGGCGUUGAACAUAAAGUCAUUGCAACAAACGAUGAAAAAUAUUCGGGGGCGGACAUAAAAGACCCGUCACUGACUAUUUAUAACGUGAAUAAUGAUGAUGCUGGCGAGUACCAACUUAUUGCUGCCAACCCUGUUGGUGAGACGUGCAGCACAGUAAUAUUACUAGGUGUUCCAGAGGUUCUUUUGAAGGAAUGUAUCAAAAAAGAGGAUGGUAGCUUGCAGUUCACGAUGACAAUAAAAUCGGUACCAGUUCCGCAUUCUGUGAAAUGGACUAUUAAGGAAAAAAAUACCGACACUUUUGAACCCAUUAAUGUCAGUGCUGCAGAGUAUAUAGGGACAUCAAAUACUUUCCCUCACCCUGUGUUGGUUAUAAAACAAUUAGAAAAACUCGAUAAUUGCGUCUUCGAAAUAGAGGUUAAAAAUCGAAUUGGAGAGAACAAACGGGAGAUUUCAGGUAAAAAUAUUCAAGAAGAACAAAUGAGAGAAAAGAAGACGCUCGGAAAGUUUUAUGCUGAAGGUGGAAUUCGUAUUCCGUUUAGCAUUUGGCUCAGUGAAUUGGCAGAGAAAUUUCCUAAAGAAAAAAAUGAUCAACUUAAAUUCCUCAUUCAAACAUCUUACAAUAUUAAAGACGUCACAGAACUAGAGAAAGCAAAGAAUGCACAAGAUUGCUUCAAAAUUCUUUUAAGAGAAAACAUACUGAGUCCGACUGACGUUAUUCCAAUGCAGUUUUUGCUCAAAAGGACAAACUGUGAAGAACUAGAAAAGGAAUGCAUUGAAUAUGCAAAAGAGCGAAAGGCAAUGCAUUUUUACGAAAAACCACCAGAAAAUGGAUAUCGAAACGUUCGUUUCCACGUGGUAAGAUAUCUACAACAAUUUAGCACAGAAGAUGAAACUAAAAUUAGAGAAACCGUCUCUAGAAUAGUUGGUUGUAGUAUAGAAGACGUCCGUGUUAAUGGAUAUCUCUACUCGUCCAGUUUUUUCAUAGUCCUAUCUAUCAAAGAAAUUUACAUUGAGCGACUUUUUGAUAUGAAGCAACAUGACAAAGAGCAACUAAGCACACUAGGCAUCGACUAUUUCAAAGAUGACUUCAAAACUGUGCAAUUGCACACAGCAGAAGUUAAGGACAAAGACAAUGUUAUGGUUGAUCCAACAAAAAGUACGACUAAAUCAUCCAAAGAAUACUGCUACGGUGACAACGGUGAGGAUAAACUAAAACAAGCUGAUGAACUACUGGCACUCCUGACACAGCCAAUUCGUCGAACAAGGAAGAACUGA